UAUAUAUUUUUACAUAGGUAUUGAUCCUUUUACGCCAUCUGUCUAACAUUAUAGUUGCUAUAGAAACGGCGUCACAACAAAUUGUCUACAAAACGCAAUUGCGUAAGUUUAAAUUGCAAUCGAGUAAAAUGUUAAGCUCACGAUAUUAUAGUGCAUCUCGUCUCGGGACGGACGCGAAGCCUCGCACCGCAAUGAUAGUGGACGAUGACGAUGAACUCUAUACUGGGUUCAACGAAGUGGCACCCGCCCUAGAUACGCGGAAUCUGCGAGAAGAUCAAGCUUUCCAAGAGACUCUCAAAACUGCUGGCAUAGGAAGAAAAGUACCUAGUCGGAUGGGAACCGGGAUGUUUCGUGUGGGCACGGUGAGCAUGCGCGGAGGUAGCUCGCGCGCGGGUACGGCGGCUGCGCGGCCCGUGACCGCCGUUCGCGCCGCCGGCUACACCUCCGCCGCCAGGGACACGCCCAGCAGGGAGGACAAGAAGGAGGAUAGCGUAGAAGAAAGGAUCAAGCAGGUGGAAUCGAAAAUAAUGGCGCUAGUUGAAGAGUCGUGCAUGCUGAGUGCCCGACCCGAUCCUGACGAUGACUCUAAUACAAAACGAGACUUUGAUUUGGGACAGGCACUAGCCAAAGCCCAGGAAGCUUCUACUUUAGAGCGCCAGUUAAUUAGAAUGCAAGAGCAAGCUAAUCUUGGUGAUACGCAUAAUUUGGACCUCACAUUUGCUGUUCUAUGUAAUUUGGCCGGACAGUAUGCGAUAAAUGAAAUGUACACGGAAGCUUUGAACACAUACCAAUUACUUACCAGGAAUAAGUUGUUUCCUCACGCCAAUCGACUCAAGGUCAACAUGGGUAACAUUUAUUUCAAAAUGGGCGAACAUCCCAAAGCUUUGAAACUAUACAGAAUGGCGCUAGACCAAACGCCAACUGCAGAAAAGGAUUUGAGAAUGAAAGUGAUGCACAACAUCGGGCUUCUUUUAGUCCGCAUGGGAAAGUUCCGUGAUGCUGUCACCAAUUUUCAGCAUAUUAUGCAUGAACAAGGAGAUUUUCAGACAGGGCUUCACCUAGUGUUGUGUUCGGCUGCGCUGAAUGAUGCGGAGGGCGGCAAGGCAGCGUUCCAUGCUAUGCUCGACGUAGAGCCACCUAAUUAUCAUCAAGAUAUCACUGUAGAUGAUGAGAACGACGCGUACGAGUGCGUGUUGCGCGACGUGGUGCACGGCGACCGGCUGUCGCGGUGGUCGCGGCGCGCCGCCGCCGACGCCGAGCGCAGCCUCGCGCUCGCGGCCGCCGCGCUCGUGCGGCCCGCUUGUCGCGACGACGAAUCCGGCGGUAUGUCGUGGUGCGUGGAGGCGCUGCGCGGGUACAGCGGCGGCGGCGCGGGCGCGCGGCUGGAGCUGGGCGGCGCGCUGGCGGCGCUGCGGGCGGCCCGCGCGCCCUCCGCGGCCGCCGGCCUGCGAGUGCUGCAGCGGCUGAAAGCGGUCGCGCGCGCGCAUCCCAACGACCGCGUGCUGCGCGCUGAGGCCAACGCUGACGCCGCCUUCGUCGCAUACGCUCUAGGGAAUUGGUCGGACGCGCGGGCGCUGGGUGAAGCAGCGUCUCGCGACGACCCGUACUCGUGUGCGGCGCGCGUCACGGCCGCGCUGGCGGCGGCGCAAGCGGCUAUGCCCCCCGCUGGAGGCGGGCCCGGGGCGGCGCGGGCGGGGGGCGGGGCCGCGCAGGCCUGGGCGCAUGCCGCGCAGGAGCUCGCGGCCGCCACUCACCUCGAUCCCGCGGACCUCAUUGCUAUGCACGAUUUGGCGCUAGCACUGGAAAAAAGUGACACUGAAGAGAGUCAGUCAGCGGCGGAGGCGCGGUGGUCGCGGCUGCGCAGCGCUGGCGCGGGCGGUGGCGGUGGUGCGGGGGGUGCGGGGGCGGCGGGCGGCUGCCUGCGCUCGCUGGCGGCGGCGGCGCUGGCGCGGCUCGCGCGUGCCCGCUCGGCAGACCCCGCCGCCGCCGACCACUGGUACAGUAUGAUUGGUAACUGGGACGUCGGUGUCACAUGCGCGCUUGCGGAACUGCACAGCGAGAUGGGCGACACGCAAACUGCCAAACACCACUACCAAGACGUGGAGGCGGUGUGGCCGUGCGAGGUGUCGGCGCUGGCGUGGCUGGCGGCGGCCGCGACGCCCGAGCGUGCACUUGCCUACUACGCGCGUGCCGCCCGCCUGCAGCCCACCAACCCGCGGUGGGGUCUUCUGAUGGGCGGGUGUUUGCGUGGCAGCGGACGCUACCAGGAGGCGCUCGCUCUAUACAAGAAAAUGAAUGCCAGGUUUCCUGAUAACGUCCAAUGUUUGAAACUAAUAGUGAAGUUAUGCGGCGACCAAGGACUGUCAGAAACUAGCGCAUGGACUCGCGAACUGCAGCGCGCCCAAGCGAGGAUCAAGCAACUCGAACGCGUUUCAGUAACGUCUGCAGGCAGCGGCUCGUCUGGUACCAGCCAGUCACCUAUAACAGAUCACAUUCGAAGCACUACAGUUGGUUCUCGCGGUGGCAGCGGGGCGCGUCAACUUAGCGCUAGCGACGGUCGUGCCGACAGCGCCCUCACACGAAAUACAUUUUCUGGUGACGGUGCCUUACAAGACAGCACAACUUCGGCGAGUCACUCGUAUUACCGUGGUGAAAGUAAAAAGAGAACUGUAGAAGAAUUUGAUGACGACCUACCUCUGCCACCGGAAUAGUAGCAAUAUAAACAUAUGUUUUUGAUAAUUGAACUUUAUCAAUAAAAUAAUCCAUAUAUAACAGAA